CGUCUUCAGAAUUAUAGCUUCAUUAGCUUUAAUAUCAAUCAUCGAAAGGACAUUGACACAGGUUUCUCUUAAGCAUUAUCAGCGCGCCCGGCGCGGCAUUUACUGCGCGUAUAAAGUGGGCGAGGACUGAAAUCAUGACCGCUGCAAUGGCGCGUGGAAAGGUUUCGCGGGGACAACCUGAUCUAUAUCUCAUUUCUGAAGAAGAUACGAUUUACGAGCAAGAUAUACUCCGCGACCCUGAAAGCAUCAAGCCAUGGCUGGGAUAUAUAAAUUUCAAGUUGCGACAUGGGAGCUUACACGAACAAGCAUACGUCCUCGAACGUGCGUGCUUGCAGUUACCACGAUCAUAUAAGCUAUGGCGAAUGUAUCUCUCUAUCAGAACGAAGCACCUCCGAAAGCUCAACCCGGCCAUCUUCGCUGCAGAAUUUGCGAAAGUGAAUUCAUUAUUCGAGAAGGCUCUUGUUCUCUUGAACAAAAUGCCUAAGAUAUGGGAGAUGUAUCUUCAAUUCCUAUUACUUCAGCCACUUGUAACACUCACACGCCACACAUUCGAUAGAGCGCUACGAGCGCUACCAAUCACUCAACAUAACAAGAUAUGGGCCCUCUACAGACCAUUCGCAAAUUCCGCAACUGGACAGACGGCCGUUAAAAUUUGGCGACGAUACAUGCAAAUACACCCAGAAGAUGCAGAGGACUUCAUCGAACUGUUGGUCGAAGAGAGGCUUUACACGGAGGCGAUUAAGAUGUAUAUGAACAUUCUCAACAAUACAAGGUUUCGAAGCAAGCAUGGAAAGGGGCACUACCAGCUCUGGAAUGAAAUGAUUGACCUCCUUGUUACUCAUGCUAGGCUCGUAGAAACAGGAUACGAAAAUGGCAUUAAUGUUGAAAGCAUUAUCAGAAGUGGCAUUGAGAGGUUUUCAGACCAAAGAGGCAAGCUGUGGUCUGGCCUAGCUACGUACUGGAUCACUCGUGGGAGCUUUGAAAAAGCAAGGGAUAUUUUUGAAGAGGCUAUAAUAACAGUCAUGACUGUUCGUGACUUCACGCUGGUUUUUGAUUCAUACACGGAAUUUGAAGAAUCGGUUAUUGGGGCACUGAUGGACUCUGCGGCCAGUCGCUCAAGCAGAGGAGCUGUGGACGAAGACGCAGAUUUUGAUUUAGAUAUCAGAAUGAUGCGGUUCGAGCAACUAAUGGACCGACGGCCAUUCCUCGUGAAUGAUGUCCUAUUACGGCAGAACCCCAACAAUGUGCCUGAGUGGGAGAAACGAGUUGCGCUCUGGGGUGACAACAAGCGUGAAGUAGUCCAGACAUAUACCGACGCCAUCACUGCGGUGCAGCCGAAGAAAGCAAUUGGCCAGUUUCACGAACUUUGGGUCAAUUAUGCUAAGGUCUAUGAGAACGGCGGGGAUUUGCGAGACGCUCGGUUAAUACUGGAGAAAGCUGUAAAGGUCCCUUUUAAGUCAGUUGCAGAGCUAGCAGAGUUGUGGAUAGAGUGGGCUGAGAUGGAGCUGAGAAAUGAGAAUUUUGAGGGAGCCGUCAAUGUCAUGGCCAAAGCAGUACAGGCACCGAAACGAUCAACGGUAGAUUAUUUCGACGAAACACUCUCGCCACAACAGCGAGUUCACAAGAGUUGGAAACUUUGGAGCUUUUAUGUCGACCUUGUUGAGAGUGUCAGCACUCUUGAGGAGACUAGGAACAUAUAUGAAAGGAUAUUUGAGCUUCGAAUCGCUACUCCACAGACAGUUGUCAAUUAUGCAAACCUUUUGGAGGAAAGCAAAUAUUUUGAAGAGUCAUUCAAGAUCUAUGAACGGGGCUUGGAUUUGUUCAGUUAUCCGGUAGCCUUUGAACUCUGGAACUUAUAUCUCACCAAAGCUGUCGACCGGAAAAUUAGUAUUGAACGGCUACGGGAUCUUUUCGAGCAGGCUGUUGAAGGAUGCCCUCCACGUUUCGCCAAAGUGCUCUAUCUCAUGUACGGUAAUCUUGAGGAGGAUCGAGGCUUGGCACGACAUGCAAUGCGCAUAUAUGAGCGCGCCACAAGAGCAGUCUCGGAUGAAGAUCGAGCAGACAUGUUCAACUUUUAUAUUACGAAAUCCGCGUCGAACUUUGGGUUGCCGUCCACACGACCUAUUUACGAGCAUGCCAUUGCUGCUCUACCUGAUAGCGACGCCAGGGACAUGUGCUUAAAAUUUGCCGAUAUGGAGAAGAGGUUGGGUGAAAUUGAUAGAGCGAGAGCCAUAUACGGGCAUGCUUCGCAAUUCUGCGACCCGCGAACGAGUCCGACCUUCUGGUCCAAAUGGGAAGCUUUCGAAGUUCAACAUGGAAAUGAGGAUACGUUUAAGGAAAUGCUCCGCAUCAAACGCAGCGUACAGGCCCAGUACAACACAGACGUUAACUUUAUUGCUUCCCAGGCUCUGGCAAGGAGUCAUGCAAGCCCCAACGGUAAGGGCGACGACAAUCACGAGGAUGCCAUGGCAGCCCUGGAACGAGAAGCACGUGCCCCUGUGGGGUUUGUUGCUGCAAGCACCGGCCCACCACAGGGCAAAAUUGCUGUUGAACCAGCUGUGGUUGCGAAUCCAGAUGCAAUCGAUGUUGAUGGAUUAGAGGAAGAAGAUUGAGCUAGCACCGGCGCUUAUAGAUAGCAUGGGAGUAAAUGAUAUCAUCAAGGCAUAAUAACUUAACAUAGUUAAGUGAAAUACUCGUAAUUUCUUUCUAGACUAAGCUGAACUUCAGCC